GGGAAGGUCCUCAGUGGAGCCGGGCAUGUUCAAACAUAUCCAGGCAGACCAGCCUACCAACCACCACGGAGUGCUGUCAUUGGGGCAUCGAUUGGAUGUAGACGCAGACUAUAUGAGAGUUGGUGUAUUGGAUAUUAUUAUUAACGGCAUAGCUUAAACCGAGAAGUUCUCCUUAGGGACAAUCGACACCGACAUAGUAACAUAUGAGAUGCGUAUUUGGAUAAAUCUUGAGACGCAUCACUUCUGAAGACUGUGUUUCGGCUCUCUCUGAAGACUUCGCACUUCAGUGUGGCCAUGUCUCUGCCAGCCAAAGUGAUGAGAGACGGGCUGCUGGAGAAGCGCAGCAGUGGGCUCCUCCAGCUGUGGAAGAAGAAGCGUUGCGUGCUCACCGAGGAAGGGCUGCGCCUGCAAGACUGCAGAGGCGGCGGCGGUGAUGCUCGGAGCUCGGCGUGGAGCUCCAAAGCCAAAGAGCUCCGCUUUGAGCGCAUGGCCACGGUGGACUGCGUGGAGUACAAGCGAGGGCUGGUGUAUUUCACCGUAGUCAUGGCUACUGGGAAGGAGAUAGACUUUCGGUGUCCUCAGGAUGGCACGGCGUGGAACGCGGAGAUUGCUUUGGCACUGGUGCGCUAUAAGAACCUGCAGGCCGUGCAAACAGGACGGAACAGACACCUGUCCACGGCACACCUGGGCAGCACUGGGGAGGAUGAGGAGCUCUGAGAUGACUUUCUACUUCUUGGGAGUGAACCAAUCAGAAUGGAGAAGGGUAGAGGACACCAGAUCCAUCCACUGAUUCUGUGGCGCACAGCAUUAUGGGAUGUACAGCACGGCCAUCAGGGAAUAUGGAUUAAAGGAUCGAGAACCACUGUCACGAACACUCUUCUUGUCUUCCUUCAUGAGCUUAUUCACACUGUCUUACAAAGCCUAGGAAUCUGAUAUACUGUAAGCAUGGAUAAAAGUGUUCUUUCUGUCAUGACCUCAUUGUUUGAGGUCAUUGUGGAGACCUCUGCAUGAGGAAAAGAUGAGGUUAUUUGGACAGAAACUGUAGCGCUGGGACACGGUUUACCCUUGUGCCUUGAUGUUUCCAUAAUUUCCCAACGUUUUCUAACGUUGCUAAAAUAGGAGUCACUUUAUUUCUUCAGUCUUGCUUUUGAUGGAAACAUAUCGCUGUUUGACUGGCUUUGAAACCGUUUGUUAUAGACUGAACAGAUCUGCAUGCUUUUUCUAAAGUUCAACAUGAAGAAGAAAUAUUUUGCUCAUAUUCAUUGCACAUUGUAUUCUAUAUAUUUGCUGAAGCCAUGUACAGUAUUAUACAAUUAAAUACUUU